AUGUGUGUGCGUGCGCUGCAGGCCGUGUUCACGGUGUGCGACCCACACCCGGACGUGCUGCUGCUCGUGCGCGUGGAGAAGGUGCUGCAGGGCAGCGACGCAGGCAGGACGUCGAGCGACGACUGGCUCCGUGCGCUCGUCGACGUGCACAAGUCAGAAAAAAUGUCGAAACUUCAAACGAUUCCAGGCAGCAUCAAAAUUACUGUGGAGACUCUGCCGGCAGAACAGCCCAACAUGCUGACACCAGGGUUGUCGCCCGUCAUGGCCGGGUGGCGUCUCCCGGAGACCGGCAACAACAGCGGCAGCAACGGCGGCAUCGGGAAGCGGCCGUGCGUGCGGGAGGUGGACGACUUCCCGGCGGAGACAGCGCGGCACGCUCACCCCUACUCGGAGUACGCCAACCGUCUCUACGUGUACCCGCAGCGACUCAAGUACGACGCGCAGAAGAUCUUUCCCAAGGCGAGGAACAUCGCCAUUCACGUGGAGUUCCGGGACUCGGACGAAGAAGGGACACUGCCGCUCAAGUGCAUCUACGGCAAGGCAGGGCAGCCGGCGUUCAUCAGCAGCGCCAACACGGCCGUCCUGCACCACCAGCAGUGCCCCGACUUCUGUGACGAGGUCAGUGAAGCUGGAGCUGCGGUUCACCUGCACGGCAAGCAUCACCUGCUUUUCACCUUCUCGCACAUCAGCUGCGACCUGGGCAAGCGCAGGGACACGGCCGAGGCGGAGG